GCAAGCUGCAAUUGAGCGACCGGAGAACCGAGCGCGAGCGAACCCCCAACCGGAGCGACCGGGAGGCAGACGCGUACGCAGCGAGUCCCUGCCGCACCAAGGUCCACGCUGAGCUGGAAGCAAACGAUGCAAGCGCUGCUCACUACCGCCCAAUAGCCCACACUACCCGCGAGUGGAAAACUACGGUAAACGUGAUUUACAGACGGGAACAGCACGGAGAGAAGGCGCACGGACGGACCGACUGACCAGCAGCAAUCCACACCACGCCUGAAGAAACCAGCGCGCUGUCUGCCGUGUCUCACCGAGUGAUUUAAAUGCUUUAGCGGAUCGUGAGGGCGAGAGGCUGCCCAGAGAGCCACAGAGAGAUAGCGGGCACACGAGGAGGAAAUUACGCACAGAAAGACAGCGGGAUUUGCCAGAGAUUUGCGUUAACGCUCAAGUUAAAGUGAUUAAUUGGUAUUUUUCCCCGUGGACCCCGGUACCGCUAAGGCUAUCAAGCUGUGUUCUCUAACCAUGGGAUGUACCCUGAGCGCAGAGGAGAGGGCGGCUCUGGACCGGAGCAAAGCCAUCGAGAAAAACCUGAAGGAGGACGGUCUGACCGCGGCCAAAGAUGUCAAACUGCUGCUGCUCGGGGCUGGAGAGUCAGGGAAAAGCACCAUCGUCAAACAGAUGAAGAUCAUUCAUGAGGAUGGUUUCUCCGGUGAUGACGUGAAGCAGUACAAGCCAGUCGUGUACAGCAACACCAUCCAAUCGCUCGCCGCCAUCGUCCGUGCCAUGGAUACACUGGGUCUUGAGUACGGGGACAAAGAACGCAAGGCGGAUGCGAAGAUGGUGUGUGAUGUGGUCAGUCGUAUGGAGGACACAGAGCCGUACUCUGCGGAGCUGCUGUCCGCCAUGAUGCGUCUGUGGGCAGACUCGGGCAUCCAGGAGUGCUUCAGCCGUGCCCGCGAGUACCAGCUCAACGACUCCGCGCAGUACUACCUAGACAGUCUAGAUCGAAUUGGAGCGGCCGAUUACCAGCCCACAGAGCAGGACAUCCUGAGGACCCGAGUCAAGACCACAGGAAUCGUCGAGACACACUUUACCUUCAAAAACCUCCACUUCAGGCUGUUUGACGUGGGAGGUCAGAGGUCAGAGAGGAAGAAGUGGAUCCACUGUUUUGAGGAUGUGACAGCCAUUAUUUUCUGUGUGGCGCUCAGUGGAUAUGACCAGGUGCUGCACGAGGAUGAGACCACGAACCGCAUGCACGAGUCUCUGAAGCUCUUUGACUCCAUCUGUAACAACAAGUGGUUUAAGGACACCUCCAUCAUCCUCUUCCUCAACAAGAAGGACCUGUUUGAGAACAAGAUCACAAAGUCUCCUCUGUCCAUCUGCUUCCCCGAGUAUACUGGUCCCGACACUUACGUGGAAGGAAUCGCGUACAUUAAAUCUCAAUACGAACUCAAGAACAAGUCUCCAAACAAAGAGGUCUACUCCCACGUCACCUGCGCUACCGACACCAAUAAUAUACAGUUUGUGUUUGAUGCCGUUACCGACGUCAUCAUAGCCAAUAAUCUGAGGGGGUGUGGCCUGUAUUGAUGAUGUAACCCAGCUUCAGCCAAUCAGGUUACUUGUGUUUAAGGGGUCCAUGUUUGUUUAUGAUACAGUUUGUGUUGCCUGACGUCCCACUCAGACUGCUGUGUCCAGUUGAUACUUUGCAGUUACAUCACGCUGGGGUUGUUCUACAUGUAUCUCUUUUGGCAGAAUGUACAGCAGCUACCACAGAGACACAACGCACACGUUAGCAAGCACUGCCAAUUUUUUGUCUUUAAUAGUCUGGAAACUCAAGAAAAAAUACAAAAUGGAUUUAAAUAACACAUUUUCAGGAGCCUAUGAGUGAUAAAAGUGUUCACGGUCCUGUAUAGGUGUUUGAUUUUCAGCAAAAAGGUGAGAGCGACUUAUUGAAAACUGUUGUGCACAAAUGAGCUCACAUGCUCACAACCAAGUCAGCUCUUUCUGGUCAGAUUGUGUUAAAAUAAAGCUCAGAUUAAAGAGUGACUUGAGUAGCAGAGCUUCAGACAGAGUAGUGCCUCCAGUUAGCAUCACACCCCCAGAGAACUUAGUUGACGUCACCUGCAAAGUAUCAAUAUAAUGUUUUACAGUGCCUGGAGGUCAAGGAAGUUUCUGUAUUCCCCUUUUAGACAUUUAUUUUAUUAUUACACUUAAUUUAUUGAUUUUAAAAUUCAUCUACCCCAAGUAGAUAUGUGGUUUUGUAAUGUAAGAAUUAUCAAAAAUGAACAAAAUAGAUAGAAAAAAGAAAAAAACUGUAAAGUAUAAAACAAAUUGUAAUUUAAUAAUGACUAUGGUUCAGUAGAUCUUAUCCAAAUACAUACAGAUUACAUUGCAUUAAAAAAAAAAAAAAAAAAAAACUUUAAAACUCAUUAUCAAAGCUACAGACUGUUCUUAAGCAGCUCGUGUUUGUACUCUAUUUUAUCUCUCCCGCCUUGAGGAAUUUAUCUAAUAUCUCACGACUCUGAACCAAUGGAACAAGCAGAUUAUCAGAUGUACUGUGACAAGUGAUAAUCCUGUGUAAUUUAUUCAUGGAGUCAGGUGUCUUUCUUAUUUAGCAUUUUGUUACAUUAAUUAUGCGAAUUCUUGCACUCCAUUGGAAGAAGUCAGUUCACGUUGUAUCGUUUGACAGAAAUAGCCACAGUUUUUUUGUCUCAUAAGAAAGAAAUCGUUCAUUGUAUUAUUUUAUUUGCCUUAAUUGAUUUUCUAUAGGUGCACUAUGUAACUUUUUGGUUGGAGGUCUGUCACCUGCUUGUUUUUGUAGAUAUGUCAUCGCUCUGCCUGAAAUGUUCCACAGUAUGACAUUACACAGCUCUGCCUUACAUUUAUUCAAUUACCGGUGGUUUUAUAGCUCAGAAAUACCUAGAAAAAUUGACAUUCUGACUGUGAGCGGGGUCACUUUUCCACAGAUCUAACCUGUAACUUGGUCUGGUUUGGUCUUCAAGAAGAUAGAAAGGUUUAAUACCAUACUGUGAAACAUUUCAGACAAAGAAAUAACAGCUCCAUGGAGAAAAGCAUUUGACUGACCCUCCACUUGAAAAAUUACACAAUGCACAUUUAAUUAUGCAAAUUCAUGCACUCCAGGUCAUGUUAUAUCUUUUGACAGAAAUGUGCCACAGUUUUAUUGUCUCAUAGGAAAGAAAGAAUUCACUGUAUUAUUUUAUUUCCCUUAAUCGAUUUUUUAAGCUGUCGCGCUGCACUACGCUAAUCCACAACACAUCACUCAAAUGCGCACUGCAAAAGUAUUGAUUUCAUUGAGGCCAUGGCAUGUUUGUUUAUAAUCAGCACUGAACUGUCAGGUCUGAGCCUUUUGUUACAGAUAAAGUGCGGAGGUUUUUGCUGAGUGAGGGUUUUGCGAUGAGUGGAGGCGGCAGAGUGGUGAUGUCGUGCCCAGAAGAUAUGAGCCGUGUUCGCUUUGAGAGGCAUGUAUUCCCAUAUGGAGCUGUCUGUCAGUGGUUAGAUUAGCCUGUACUGUGUCAAACUGGACAGACCACAAGAAAUACGACCUUAUACUAAAGUGUUGGCCGUUUAAGCAGCUUUAUCUCAAAUGGACGUUUAUUUGACAUAUUGAUAUUUUCAGAUGUUAAAUUCUUGGCAGCAACAACGACAACGAAAGCAUUAGUUUUUGGCAUGAUUCUGGAGAACUGUAUAUUAAAGGGCCUAUAUUACACUAUGUUCUGGUCUAUGGUAUAAUGUUAUUUCCUUAUGACAAACAUACCUGACGUUGUGUUUUAUUUCAUUCACACAUUUAACACACAAACCCUGCACAUUUUACCUUUAGUUCUCUACUGAACUAGCAUCACAAGACUGAACAGAGCAUUUUGACCUUUGGAGAUGUAGACAGACUAAUAAUACAUGAUUACUCAAACAUGUGUGAAUGAAAGAAAAUACAACUCCAGGUCUGUUUUUGAGGAAGCAACAGCACUCACAAGAGUCAAUUUUGUGUAAUAUAGGACCUUUUUUAAACUCUUGGCAGUAUAAAGGCAAACAAAUAAAGCAUACGUUUUUACCAUGAUUCUGGAAAAUUAAAUCUGGUGUCCUAUUUUUAUAAAAGAAAGGAACUAUCUUAUUUCUUUUUCUGAAUUUAAACACGUAGAUGACAUCAUGCAUGCCUCUCCAUAGACAUAUAAUUAGAAUGCCUAUGUGCCUAUCUACCACAUCUGUGAAGCCCAGGCCUGCCGUGAGCUCAUCUCUGAACACAUGCAAAUUGUGUUUGGCUCGUAUAUGGAAACCCUGUGCAGAGCGUUCUCGAGAGCCCAGUGUCUGUGUGGCGUGUUGAGCGAGAGGCAGAGCUGGCCCAUGGGUGUUGUGAGGGAGUCUGUAUCUGCGGAUUAAUUACCCGGAAGGCACCUGUCUACCCUUUUGCACACGUGUUGUAGACAGUCUGAUGCCCCCAUGGGAUUUCAAAAUGUCACAUCACCUUACUUAUCACUGCCAAAUACUACAGUCCCCUCAGUUCAAAUGAGACUCGCUCAUUUUUCAUAGCUUCUUUUUAUAGUUAUUUGAAUAAACAUUAGUAUUCUAUCCAGGUGCUUGCUUUUCAUUUGUCAGACUAAUUCGAAGGUUUCAGUUUGUGUGGAUUUUGAUUUGAAAAUGUAAUUUGUGUAGCUCUGUCAGGAUAAAGUAUCAAUCAUCCUUUUCCUUGUAUUGAAGUAGAUGUUCUUGCACUAUAAAUUUAUAUAUUUAUUGCGAUGAGUUUCUUAAUGAAAAAGCCACUGACAUAAGCCUUUGCCAGUGCUUAACCUGUUCUCUGAUCGAGGUGCUUUAUAAGUUUUGAUGUUGUAGUGUUGGUAUGAGUAGAAUUGUGCAGUAUCUCCUGUAUAGCGUUUACAAGCUCCAAUUCCCAGUGAGAUUAAAGAAGAAGCCUGCAUCUGUAUUUGCCCUCAGGUGCUCACGGCAGCACAGUGGGCUAGCUUUGUCUUCCAACGUGUUUCAUGACCACAGUAACCCUGCGGCUCAUAUCAGGCUUCAUUAUUCUGUUGUACACAUUGUGCUUAAGAUGGAGCUGUUACACUAAGAUGCAUUUCAAAGUGCAUUAGUCUUGUGAUUAAUCAAAUGAUGUUAGCCCUGAGAUAUUAUUUAACCUUGGUUAUGCUUAUUUAGUUUUCAGCCAAAUAGUUUACACAAUUUGUAACCCCUGGAAAAGAAACUUUUAUGUAUUUAAAUGUUUUAGGUGAUUUUAAAAAAUGUGCAGUUAUAGGUGAAUUUGUUCAUUUUAAGUUGCGUGUCAAUAUACUACACAGUGUUUCCUUCCUUUAUUUGUGUUAAUGCAAACAAUUUGGGGAAACUGUAAAUCUGUAGUUGUCAGUGCAGUCAAUUUUAACUCUAUAUUCUAGAUACUGGUGUAUUGUGUCUAUUAUUAAUUAACUGCCGAAGUCGAUCUCACAGCAUCAUUAUAAUAUUUGAUUUUUUGUCAAAGUAGAAGCCCCUCUAACAUGUUUUCCAUUUUAUCCAGACGCUUGAGUGUGUAUAUUGAUGCACUGGUGGAGUAGCCUCGCACUUCCCUUCUGUAAUUUCUCAUAGAGAUGGAUGGAGUUAGAACUGCCGUGAGGCCGUUACUGUUGUAUGCAAAAAGAUCUGUAAAAGUACAUAGGGUAUUUAAAUUCAAGAAUCACACUACAGAGUUUCAUUUGUCCUGUGUGAUUAUAGUAGUAAAUCUGAACCCGAGUUAUAUAGUUGUGUAAGACUUUCAAUAACUUUUUGCCUGUAAUGUCAGAUAAAGUAAAAAGGGGAAGUAGAGCCAAGUAACCGUUGUUAUAACAGAGACAGAGCCCUUCUAUCUUUUACUUCUCUAAAGCCGGCUGUCUGACAGGAGGAUCACAGGCUUCUCUCUUCCUGAAUACUUCUUUAUUCCAGGGAAAUUCUCUAUAUCCAUGUCCAUAAUUCUCUAAAACUACCAAAACUGUGUCUUACUUUUGCCAGAAAAUAUAAAAAAAAUUGUGCUGUUCUAGGCGUUUUAACUAAAGAUAAUCUAAUACUGAAGUACUAGCAAUGAAAAUCAAUACCUUUUGUGCACAACCAGACCAAAUACUGCGCUUUGCCCAAUAUUUUAUUCUGCCAAAGUGUUUAUUUUUUUCCCCUGCCACCAAAUUAUAAUCUGACCUGUGUAUCUCUGCAAAAACAUUCAGAAAGUAGGUGGAUCAUUUAUAAUGCAUGCUACUCCCACUGUCAGCCUAUUCUACGGCAUCCAGUGCUCCAGAUGGGUAACACUUAAGGCAGUAUUCUCUACAUGCUUUUCUUAGUAUGAACGCUAUACACAAUUUAAAAUGCCAUAGGUGCCUUGCUUGGUUAAAGGGCCUAUAUUACGCUGAUCUAUGCUAUAAAGAAGUUUCUUCAUCGCAAACAUACCCGGAGUUGUGUUUUGUUUCAUUCACAUGUUCAACACACAAAUCCUGCAUAUUUAGGCUGAGUUAUUCUCUCAAACUGAAAACACUUUUACUAGAAUCAUUUGGAUGAUUUCAGUCGAAAGGUACCUGUUAACUUGAAAACUACAAGGUGGAAGAGCAUUUUGAGCUUUGAAAAUGUAGACAGACUAAUAACAAAAUGUUACUCAAAUGAAACAAAACACAGCUCCAGGUAUGUUUUUGAGGAGGUAACAAAAUUCUAACUUGACUUAAAGCUCACAAGAGUCGAUUUUGCGUAAUGUAGAACCUGUAAAAACAAAAACAAAAAUCUUAAAAUAGAAAUAAAAAAUACAUUCUAUAACAGAUCUGCAAUUAUUAAUCAUGAUGUCCUUUGUAGAGUUAUAUUGUUGUUGCAUACGGGAAGGUGUAAGCCUCCAGGCACAAACAGGACCAUAAUGAACUGGUGUCAGAGUGAAAAGCCCGAGUGUAGAAACCAUUGCUUUCAUUAACUCUCUAUUGCAGGUACAAUCCCUCAGAUUUUAGACGUACGUGUCAGUAGGAGCCAUCUUAGUUUUGUCCAUACUGUACAUAUGUGUGUAAAAGGGGAGGGGUGUAUUUGAGCACUGUACACUGUUUCUGCCUCAUUGCUGUGAUAAUUUAUUAAGAUGUAUUUAUAUUGAAACAACAAUAAAGUACACACAUGCAAAGACCUA